AUGGACAACUCUUGCCUCCUCGACCUCCUCAUCAGGUGCUUCGCGAUGACCGAGCCCGAGGACCUCAACUUCACCGCGUUCACCGACCUCUGCCGCCUCUGCUCGCUCAAGAGCGGCCCCCGGCUCCACAUCUUCGACAAAGAGUCCGAGCAGAGGCAGAUACUAUUCAAGCUGAGGACCUGUCUGCCUACUAUGCAGAUAUCGAAGGACGACUUCCUGCCAAAGAAGAUCUGCGAGCGAUGUGUCACCAGACUGGAACAACUGUACGAGUGGCGACAGAGUUGUCUCAGCACAGACUCUGUGCUGAGGAACUACGCCGAGAGCAUGCGGAUUGUCACGUCUACCAUCAAUUUCCAGGACGGCACGGUGAACAUGGACAAGAUGACGGAAGCGCAGAAAACAGCAUACCUGGAAGCGCACGUGGCUGUCCAACAACACAUGGCGCAAGCCGCGGCCGCCGCGCGCCGCGAACAACAACAACAAGCGCAGCAACAACAACAACAGCAGCAACAACAGCAACAGCAGCAGCAACAACAACAAGCUCAGCAACAGCAACAACAACAACAGCAGCAACAGCAGCAGCAGCACCAACAGCAGCAGCAGCAACAGCAGCAACAACAACAGCAGCAACAACAACAGCAGCAACAACAACAGCAACAACAUCAACAGCAACAAACGACAACUAACAAUAAUGCAAAUAGACAUCAUCAGGAAAUGCAACAAGCUCAAAACAACAGCAACGCCCACCAAGGCCACCCUUCUCCACCGACGGUGAGCUCCACCCAACACCACUACGCCACCAUCAACUCUCCCAUCAAGGUACCACAAGUGAGCUCCAGUACUGGUGGACCUGAUAGCACGUUCACUGUCCCCGAUGAUGUUGGCAUGGGCUUCGAAGGCGGCGUUAGAGUACUGCAAAGUCUUGGUAAUUGGUCACCAGAAGUAACGAACAACAUCCCACGCCCAAACCUGAUUCCAUUCACGGAGCCGUACGCGGAGGGAGGGUCCAUGCACCCCGGGACCCGGUUGAAGGCUCUACAGGGCACCGUGGUGAGGAAACAUCCCGCCAUCAAACCUACUAGCUCCACCAAUGAGGGGAUACCGACUGGUAGCAAAGCAUUUGAAUGCACAGUGUGCGGGAAGGGGCUAGCACGUAAAGACAAAUUGACGAUACAUAUGCGAAUACACACAGGGGAAAAGCCAUAUGUAUGUGAGGUAUGCAACAAAGCGUUCGCUCGGAGAGAUAAACUCGUGUUACAUAUGAACAAACUGAAACACAUCACACCAUCUAACAUAGCGCCUCUGGGGAAACGAACCAUCUCAAUACCACAAAUACAAUCAGAACACCAACAAAUUUCGGCAUCGUUGAAAUUGGACGAUGUGAAGCCACAGCUAACGAAACAGGAAGACACGAAGCCGAGUCAGGCAGAGAUCGCGGCCGCAGCGCAACAACAACAACAGCAGCAGCAGCAGCAACAACAACAGCAACAACAACAACAGCAUUCUCACCCGCAGCCCAUCCAAGUGUGCCAGGUACCCGGCCACAGCUUUACGAACACGAACCUAGUCCACACAAGUGCGACGACGGCGGCGGUGGCGGCCGCAACAGCCGGUAUGGUGGUCUCGUGGUCAUGUGAGCUGUGUGGUAGACUGUUCGCAACUAGGGACGAGUGGAGCGCCCAUGCCAAAUCACAUUUACCUGAUAACAAGCUGCUUCAGGAUAAGAUGCAGCAAACGCAACAUCAGCAACAAGAAAAAGUCCACUUAUCGAAUCAGGAGAAGCUGCAGCUGUUGCACCAUCACAACCAGAACCAGCAGAUCCUGAACGGGCAUGGGAUAGCGACCGCCUCCGUGUCGACAGCGACCGUCGUCAACGAGGGAGGCGGCGCGUACUUCACGCACGGGCACACACACUACGCGCCGGAGAGGCAACACACUCACGCGCACCACCUCUGCCUCAUGUGCCGCCAGGAGUUCGCCGGCAAAGCAGAGUUCAUGUUCCACGUCCGAGGACACUUCGAAGGUAAAGUGAGCGACAUCGCCGCUGCCGACGUGUUAGCCAGAUCCCUCGUGGACAACUCUGGCCUAUGUACCUGAGUCGCAGCCGCGCCUGUCAGCGCGUACCAGACGGACUGCGGGAAAGUGCUCCAAGAUGACACCAUCAUGCUCAAAUUCUGAGACUGGAGUGGCGUGGAGUGCUCCAAGCAUAACAGUGACAGUGCCAGCGGCGAAAAUGUGUAUACGAAUAGUUUAGACUGGAUGCAUUACGACG